AAAUUAAUUUCAAUAAAAAAUAUUUGUAGGAUAAAUAUACAAAAUGUCGCUACAAAAACGUCGCGAAAAACUGAAUAAGCCGACGCGCUGGGACCGCAUACGUAAACGCCAUCUAAAUGCGAAUCCGUUGGGCCUUAAAACGGAUGCAGUGCGUCGUUUCAUUGAGGUGGACUAUAUUGGCAAACGGCAAUCCCAGCUGCUCAUUCACGGUGAGCCGCAACGUCAACUCAAUCCUAGCGUUAUAAUGGAUAUGCGUCAUGAGAUGUUCUCUCAGAUACCACGCAAGCUGCCAUUGGCCACAGUGGCACAUGGCAGCACACUGGACGCGACCAAGGCGCAUAAUCUGGAUGUGGAACAGCGUUAUGUUAACAAUCAGCUGCAAAAGUUUCGCCAGCAACUGGCCAGACAACAUCCGCGCGUGCAGGUGCGGAAGAUACGUGUUCGACCCACCAAGCCAGACUUUAAGCUCAACCAUGGCCCCUUGAUGGAGAGUCUGUCGCAGGCGGCGCAACACAUUGACAAUUUUUACAAGACGCCCGUCGACGCACUGGGUCAGGCCGCGCAGCUGUGCUCCAUACGCAAGCAGCUGGCGACGACAACGCUGCUACGACAGCUGGAGCCGGAGCCGGAGGCGGAUGCGGACAUAGAGCACAUCUGGCUGGAGCGUGUCGAGGUAAAGCAGGACGAGCAGCUGGAACUGCGUGAAGAGCUGGACAUGCUGGAGUAUCGUAAGUUUGUCAAGCAGGUGCAGCUGGACGAGAGCAAGGCGCAGUUGCAGCAACGCUGUCGCACGCCAAGUCCUCUCCUAACCACCGAGGAAAUGUUCAGACCCAUGCGCGCCGCUGCCGAGCGUCAGAUGCUGCACGUGCGCACAAUACGUCACGAGGAGGAACUGCAGCAGCAGCAGCAGCCGGCCGAGCAGCCACAGCUGCAGCGUGAAUCUUCCACCUGCUCCAAUACCAGCGAGGGCAUUGAUUCUGUCAUAUCGGAUCUGGCCGAGGAGGCAUUAUAUGAGCUUCAACUCGAAGCAGCUGAGCAGGAAAAGUUGCAAUUGGACAUAGAGCUGAUUGUGCCAGUGGAAGCGCCCGUGAAGCUCGUGAAAUUCCAGUUGCCGGAGACAGCAAAGACACCAAGCCACGUCGAAGCGUUCGAACCGGCAGCCUCAUCCGUGUCGGAGCCGGAGCCGUUGCUUAUACGCCGCAUUGAAUUACCCAAAGUGGUGCUCCUGCCCAAGCCAGAAACGCAGCUGUGCAGCAGCAGCAGCAGCAGCUCUGACGAUGAUAAUCCGACGACCGUGCCACCUGAAAAGCAACGGAUUAUCGAGCAGUUGUUCCAGGCACGCAGCAAUACGGAUCUGAAUCUUAUGCGCACGUACUUUCUCAGAUGGAUACAUUAUACUACCAUGGAGAAGAUCGAACGGGAGCCGGGAAAAACGCACAUCAAUCGUGUUACCAAAAUAAAUGCAUUUCUGGACAAGCUCAGGCAGGAGAAGAGGCGUCAGCGGGAGAACAAACGGCCGUCAACUCCAAACGAUGCGGACAAAAUAGCGAAAAAGACGCUGGAGCAGCGCGAAGAAGCCAUCAAAAUGGCCAAGCAGUUUAAGAAUAAGCUUAAGGUGCAGCAGGACAUCAUAGAUUUGCAGCGCAUCAAGCUGGAGCGUCAGGAGCGUCUUAUUAUGCAGCUGAAGCUGCACAAGCUCAGCGACGAGGCCAAAGAGGCACGCGAGGAUCUCAAGCAGGAAUUGAAAACCGUCAUACGCUGUGGCGAUCCCAAGGCAAAGGCCAAGGCCAAGUGCCUGCAGCUGAUUGGCAGUCUGCGUGAUGCCGAGGACGAGGAACUGGAACGUCUGCAGGGCAAGGCGCUGCUGCAGCCACGUUUUCUGCGGCACAUGCAGGAGCGCGCCCUAGAGCGUAGUGUGCGGCAUGAGCAGGCGCGUCAGCGGCGCGCCCAGGCCGAAGCUGAGCGCGAGGCAGCCAAACUGGCCAUGGAGGAGGCCAAGCGCCAGGAGGAUGAGGAGGCCAAACGCUUGCGCAUGGAGGUGCUGAAGGAGAAGCGCCGCCAGGAGAAAAUGGCUAAGGUGCUGAAGGAGCGUGAACGUCAGCGCUUCAUUGAGAAUCAACGCAAGGCUCUGGAGUUCAGUCGUCGUCUGCUAUUGCGUCGCGUUGGCAUGGAGGGCUUCAAGCGAUUGCUACAGCGCAAGCACGACAAUCUGGUCAAGUGCGAGGAGUUCUGUCGGCGUCUAUACAAGCGGAAGUUCUUUGUCGAAUGGCAAAAAUAUACGGCAUACCGGCAACGGGAGAAGCGCUUCCGUGCGGAACUGUGCUACGAGAAGGCGGUGAAGCGACGGGCCGUAAAUGCCUGGCGGCUCUAUAUGCAGGAGGAGCGCAACAAGAUGCAGGUGGCCAUCGACUGGCAUGCCCUGCAUGCUAUGGAGCACUGGUUUGGACGCUGGCUAAACUUCACCACCGGCUGUCGCUUGGUUGAGGACACCAAGCUGCGACAGGCCAUCUCUCAUCACGAGUGGCACCUCAAAUGGAAGGUCCUGGAUUGUUGGCAACGACUGCCGCAAAUAUUACGCCUGGAAAAGGAGACGGAAGAGCGUCGCCAGCGUUGGCGCAUGAAAAUUUGGGAGCUGCUGCCGGAUUACAAGCCCAGGGAGGACAGCUUGUGGUAGUUAAUAUUUUAAUUUGUUGUAAAUUUGUUUAAUUUUCUUGCUUUUGUCUAUUUAUUUUAUUAUUUCUUUGACUUUACGCUGGCUCGAGCUCAUGUCACCUCGAAAAUUAUAAACUUUUUGAUUAGUUA